CGACGGCGUCUGUUUACCUGCCUAGUUUUCUCACCACAGCAAGCAAAUAAUCAAUCUGGAGAUCCUCCGUUCUCUAGACUAGACAGUGGGAGACUUCUUCCAGAGAACAGCAGAGAGACUACAGAGAGACUCAACAAGAGAGAAACAAGCUUCCAUAGACUAGACACCAGACAGGAACCUGAGAGACCAGAGAGAGAAGAAAGAGACCUGAGUUAUGAAGACACAUCGGUGUGACACCUGUGGGAAGAGCCUUUCCUCAUCCAGGAGCCUCAAACAGCACAUGAUGAUCCACACUGGAGAGAAGCCCUAUAGCUGUGACAUCUGUGGUAAAUCCUUUAGCGGUGCUUCUAGUUUAAGAGUUCACAGCAGGAUCCACACAGGAGAGAAGCCCUACAGCUGUGACCUCUGUGGCUAUAGUUGUAAAACAAACAGCAGUCUGAAAAGCCACAUGGCUAUCCACUCUGGAGAAAAAAAACACAGCUGUGACUUCUGUGGGAAAACCUUUAGGCAGGCAGGUACUCUCACUCUUCACAGCAGGAUCCACACUGGAGAGAAGCCCUACAGCUGUGACCUCUGUGGGAAAACCUUUAGCCGGGCUGACCAAUUAACAAUUCACAUCAGGAUCCACACUGGAGAGAAGCCUUACAGCUGUGACCUCUGUGGGAAAAGCUUUAACCAGGCUGGCAGUUUAAGAGCUCAUAGCAGGAUCCACACUGGAGAGAAGCCCUACAACUGUGACCUCUGUGGUAAAACCUUUAGCCGGGCUGGCAGUUUAAGAGCUCACAGCAGGAUCCACACUGGAGAGAAGCCCUACAGCUGUGACCUCUGUGGUAAAACCUUUAGCCGGGCUCACCAAUCAACAGUUCACAGCAGGAUCCACACUGGAGAGAAGCCUUACAGCUGUGACCUCUGUGGGAAAACCUUUAGCCAGGCUGGCAGUUUAAGAUCUCACAGCAAGAUCCACACAGGAGAGAAGCCACAUUACUGUGAUGUCUGUGGUAAAUUCUUUACCCAUGCUAACCAUUUAACAGUUCACAGCAGGAUCCACACUGGAGAGAAGAAGCGCUACAGCUGUGACCUCUGUGGGAAAACAUUUAAAAAGGCGAAUACUUUCACUCUUCACCGCAGGAUCCACAACGGAGAGAAGCCCUACAUCUGUGAGUGCUGUGAUAAAGCCUUCUUUACCUCUUGUGGACUUAAAAAGCACAGCCGGAUCCACACAGGAGAGAAGCCCUACAGCUGCCCACACUGUGACUAUUCAGGUAAAACAAAUGGCAAAUUGAAGAGUCACCUGCGUAUCCACGAUAGAAAACUAACCAAAGCAGUGAUGUCUGGGGCCAAGCUGUCUCAGCUGUCACCACCUGAGAGAACUUCUAUAUGACCCACAGCUGGAAGAACUACUGGCCUACACCUACUGGAACAUUAUUAGGGAUGUGAUAUGACGUUGUGAUGUCACAUCCUGUGUACUAGCGAUGGGCGAACGAUGCCUUGUUAAGCUUUUGUGGUUUCUUCCGGAUUGUGCCGGCCCAAAGAGCCGAACUGUCGGCGCAUUGAAAAUGAACAGCGUCAUCAAGCAGCAGUUUAAACUUGUUGAAUGAGGCUUAGUGGUUAUCUCCGACGCUAGACUACCCUACGUUAUUUAAUAUUUAAAUUAAGGCUACGUGUUCAUUUAAAUCUGAUAUUAGUGCUCACACAUUAAAAAGUUGUGAUACAUCUGUAGGCCGUUAGAAUUGUGUUAUUUUCUCACGGUAAAAGUUAAAGAAUAUUGUCCGAGGUGCCCUGCACUGGGGCGUUAAGUCGGGUAUCCAGACUCGCGUUAACAACACGUCAUCGAACAUCGCUUUAACCAACUACACCACCAGAAAAAACUGUUACUAGUUAAUGCGGGUGGACGGUCUUUAUAUGAUACGGUCUAUAUAGCAAAUACACUAGAUUACACUGAUUUUUUCUUAUUCAUAACAUUAGUCAUAUGUGGGCCUAUUGUGAACUGGGGGGACUUUAUUAUUACUAAUUAUUAUUACUGUUGACGAAUAAUCAACAUUUGUUUUCUUGGCACUGUAUAGAGUAGCCUACCUAUCAUGUUACGUUUCAUUUCAAUAACAUAACGAUGACAUUAGUUUCAUAAGUGAACGGAUUUAUAAUUAUUACAAUGCGGAUUACAUUACAUUUAUGCAUUUAGCAGACGCUUUUAUCCAAAGCGACUUCCAAGAGAAAAGUCCAAGAGGAUUAGGCUAAAUAAUAGUGACCGAUAGAAGAAACUCGAGCGAUGCCUGGAGUCAUGUUGGUUUGAGGUGCUGCUUCUCUGGCAAUGUGUGAUUGCCAAAGACUCUUGCCAUUGUGAACAUGUUUGCCUUGUAAUUGAUUUCAUUCAUUUCAUGUUAUUAAAUGAAUAUUUAACCAGGUGAGUCAACCAGAUAGUCAGGUGGCUGAGCGGUUAGGGAAUCAGGCUUGUAAUCAGAAGGUUGCCGGUUUGAUUCCUGGC